AAUUAGGAAGAUUUAUCGUCAUAAUUCACCAUUAGAUUUGACAUUGAAUAAUUCGUUUUGGCAAGGAAAACAGUGCAACACCGCUGUUAUAGAAGCAUUUUCUGCUUCUAAAUGGCAAAUAGGACAGUUAAAGAUGCUCAUUCCAUUAAAGGAACAAACCCACAGUACCUUGUGGAGAAAAUUAUUCGUACUCGUAUUUAUGAAUGUAAAUACUGGAAAGAAGAAUGUUUUGCUCUUACAGCGGAGUUAAUGGUGGACAAAGCUAUGGAUCUAAAAUUUGUAGGUGGUGUAUUUGGAGGAAACAUCAAACCAACACCAUUUUUAUGCUUGGUACUAAAGAUGUUACAGAUACAGCCAGAGAAAGAUAUUGUAGUAGAAUUCAUUAGAAAUGAAACUUUCAAAUAUGUCAGAGCAUUAGGUGCCCUUUACAUGAGAUUAACUGGGACGGCUUUAGAUUGUUACAAAUACUUAGAACCUUUAUAUUAUGACUACAGGAAAAUAAAGAGACAGAAUAGAUCAGGAGAAUUUGAGCUUGUUCACAUGGAUGAAUUUAUAGAUGAAUUAUUACAUGAAGAAAGAGUAUGUGAUAUCAUUCUCCCAAGAAUACAGAAAAGACUUAUAUUGGAAGAGAACAAUCAGAUUGAGGCUCGAGUAAGUGCAGUUGAAGAAGAUUUAGAAGAAAUGGAAACAUCUGAUGAAGAAGAGGCCAUGGAAGAUAAAGAUCAAUCAGCAGACAAAAGAAAAUCCAACUAUAAAGAUUUAGACAGACCUGAUAGAGGGGUAUCACCAAAAUAUCGCAGAAGUCCAUCUCCUGCAAGGGAAAGAAACAGAAAACGAUCAAGAUCAAGAGAUAGAGAAAAGAGAGAACAAAGACACAGAGAUGAUGAUGAAAGGAGAAAGAAAAGAAAACACAGACAUGAACACAAAGAAAAAGAUAAAAGUAGAGACAGUGAUCGACACAGAAGACAUCAUGGUAAUGACAGACAUCAUCAUAAACGCAAUCUUGGGCCAUCAAAGGAUGAAAUUAACAUUGAAGAAGCAAAUGAACUUAGAGCAAAACUAGGACUUGCUCCUCUGAAACCCUAGUUAACUUGUGUUUUAUAUGUAUAAUAUGUAAUAAAAUAAACGAAUGAUUUUA